AUGAGCCAGGACAGCAAAGUGAAGACGACAGAGUCCAGUCCCUCUGCCUUGGCCAAGGCCAGGAAGUCGCUGCCUGUCCUGGACCCAUCUGGAGAUCACUACUACUGGUGGCUGAACACAAUGGUCUUCCCAGUAAUGUAUAACCUCAUCAUCGUCGUGUGCAGAGCCUGCUUUCCCGACUUGCAGCACAGUUAUCUGGUGGCCUGGUUAGUACUGGACUACAUAAGUGACCUGCUGUACCUACUGGACAUCGUGGUGCGCUUCCAUACAGGGUUCUUGGAACAGGGCAUCCUGGUGGUAGACAAAGGUAAGAUCGCCAGUCGCUACGUUCGCACCUGGAGCUUCCUCUUAGACCUGGCUUCCCUGGUGCCCACGGACGUGGCCUACUUGCUGCUGGGCCCGCACACACCCACACUGAGGUUGAACCGCUUUCUGCGUGCGCCCCGCCUCUUUGAGGCCUUUGACCGCACAGAGACGCGCACGGCUUACCCAAACGCCUUUCGCAUCACCAAGCUGAUGCUUUACAUUUUUGUUGUCAUCCAUUGGAACAGCUGCCUGUACUUUGCCCUGUCCCGGUACCUGGGCUUCGGGCGUGACUCCUGGGUGUACCCGGACCCCGCGCAGCCUGGCUUUGAGCGCCUGCGGCGCCAGUACCUCUAUAGCUUUUACUUCUCCACGCUGAUCCUGACCACCGUGGGCGAUACGCCGCUGCCAGCCCGGGAGGAGGAGUACCUCUUCAUGGUGGGGGACUUCCUGCUGGCCGUCAUGGGUUUCGCCACCAUCAUGGGUAGCAUGAGCUCUGUCAUCUACAACAUGAACACUGCAGAUGCGGCUUUCUACCCGGACCACGCCCUUGUGAAGAAGUACAUGAAGCUGCAGCACGUCAACCGCCGGCUGGAGCAGCGAGUUAUUGACUGGUACCAGCACCUGCAGAUCAACAAGAAGAUGACCAAUGAGGUAGCUAUCUUACAGCACUUGCCUGAGCGGUUGCGGGCGGAAGUGGCCGUGUCUGUACACCUGUCUACUCUGAGCCGGGUGCAGAUCUUCCAGAACUGUGAGGCCAGCCUGCUGGAGGAACUGGUGCUGAAGCUGCAGCCCCAGACCUACUCACCAGGGGAAUAUGUCUGCCGCAAAGGGGACAUUGGCCGGGAGAUGUACAUCAUCCGCGAGGGUCAACUGGCUGUGGUGGCAGAUGAUGGUGUCACACAGUAUGCUGUGCUUGGUGCAGGGCUCUACUUUGGGGAGAUCAGCAUCAUCAACAUCAAAGGGAAUAUGUCCGGGAACCGCCGCACAGCCAACAUCAAGAGUCUAGGUUAUUCAGACCUGUUUUGCCUGAGCAAGGAGGACCUGCGGGAAGUGCUGAGCGAGUAUCCACAGGCCCAGGCUGUCAUGGAGGAAAAGGGCCGUGAGAUCCUGCUCAAACUGAACAAGUUGGAUGUAAAUGCCGAGGCAGCUGAGAUCGCCCUACAGGAGGCCACAGAGUCCCGGUUGCGAGGCCUCGACCAGCAACUCGAUGAUCUACAGACCAAAUUCGCCCGCCUCCUGGCUGAGCUGGAGUCCAGCGCACUCAAGAUCGCUUAUCGCAUCGAACGGCUAGAGUGGCAGACACGAGAGUGGCCAAUGCCUGAGGAACUGGCAGAGGCUGAUGAUGAGGAUGAGCCUGGGGAGGGAACUUCCAAGGGUGGAGAGGGCAGGGCUGGCCAGGGGGGUCCCCCAGGCCCAGAGUGACUCCAUCUCUAUCCUCAGGACCCCCACCUUCAAGUGAAUCCAGAGUUGUAGGAAAGCCUGCCUGCAGAAACUCUGCCAUCCUGUCUGCUAGAUUACAGAGAUGGGAGCGAA